AUGAUUACUGCUCUAGCUUCAGCGAACUCAACAAAUCUUGGCUUUCAUCCUUUUCAUGUUGAAGGACAUUGCUCGUUUUUGUCGCAAGUGGAAGUAAGAAAUGGGGAUAAUCGUCGAAACUUCAAACCUAAAACUAACUUUGUCUGGCUAGGCGAAGUACAUGGUAUAAUAAAUGCAAGAGAACCGACUCAUUUCAUCAAUGAGGGUACACUGUAUUACAAAAAACCGAGACUUGUAGGAAUAGAUGAAAGGUCAGAAAGUCAGCACGCAUUGCUAGUGAAUUUGAUCAGACUUUACCAUCUUACACUUCUUAACGAAGAAGGGGAUCUAAGAAACGUAAAGAAUAUCAGAUAUGAUGACGGGCACUCCACAGCACAUACUUCGUGGCCCAGGGAAAUUGGCGAGAAAUGGAAUUGGCCAAACUCUUCGUCAUCCGAAGAAUAUCCGGAGUUCAUUUCACUUGAUGAAACAUCGGAACAACAAAGCCAUUCAAUGGUCCUAGACUUUACGGGAUUAUCGGACGAAGAAAUCACAAUUAUGUGGCGUAUGUGUUCCAGAUGGUGCCAGAGAACAAACUUCAAACUUGAUUUUGAGCUUCCAAAGUUAGCUUCCAGAAUCUACUGCAAAUCAAGUCGCACGAUGCCCAAUUUCCUCGAAGUGGAAGAGGUCCGAACUCGAAAUCCAAAACGUAUCCCCAAAUCUAGUCAGAUAUGGGAUCUCAUUGUCAAAUAUGUUAGAAGAAACCGAUUAGAGCUGCAGGCUCGUUCAUCUUGCUUAGUGAUUAGUCACAUAAUGCUCUCGUUACUUCCGGAUACGUUGGAAGGCUUGUCGUUCUUGCUGGAAAGAGUAGAAAUACACCUUCCUUCUCUCUUCUCAUUAAGACAAUUAUCUUCUGACAAAGAGGAAAACGAAAGAAUGUUGAAUGAUUGGAGACAGAUUGAGAAGUAUCCCGCGAUCAUCUUCAAUUAUGGUCUCUUUGUUGCGAACUGCUUUCCAAUUGGAUUAAUGAAACGGGAAUUAUUCCCAACCGAAGGAGUACACGAGAAAGACUUGGUGAAUGCUAUGGUGUCUUACGCCACGGGUAUUGGAGUGGCAAGCUUUGAUAAUUCGAAUCUAUUUGUUUCAUACCCAAAUUUGGUAGAUACAAAAAAUAGGGUGUUUGCAGUCAAAGCAAAUGUGGAAGAAGAAAAGGGGUAUCUGGUUGAAAACGACAUAGUAAGCUCUUUUGGCUUUCCAUGUUUCGGUAACCCAUACUUGUUUCACCCCCUACAUACGUUUAAAAAUGAGAUUGAGCAAGGAACACCACAUGAAGGAGAGUUCAUGUUGAAAAAACCAAAAAUUGAAAACAAUAAAUGUAUCUUGAACCUCAUCGAUGCUUGGAGUUACGCAUGGACUUAUCGUAUUGGUGGUUAUGAUUGUCAUAUUGAAAUCGACAACUCUCAUCUUUUCAAAGCAUUUGCACCCAAUGAGUCUUCUUGGACUGUGAUCUAUCUUGUGAAUAAAAAAAAGACAGAUAAUUUAGUGGAGUCUAAGGUCACAAUUACCAAAAUCGAAAAGAGAAAGAAUUCCUUCUUCAAGCUACAAGACUUUACAAAGCCAGAUUUUCUGCCUUCAUGCGUAGAGGUUGUUGUCAAAAAGAAAUAUCCAAUAGACACCAAUAAAAGUGUACAGAAACUCCAGAAUUGGGACAAUAUUCUUGAUGGAGCAAAGAAUUUGAAGGGUUGA